CCCCUUGUGUAGGAGUGUUCUAAAGCAUUUCCCGGUCACAUCAGAAUCCCGUAGUUUUUUAUACACCUUCAAACCAUCAUUUUUCUUCUCUUCCCUUACUGCCCGUUUGCUUAGACUUCUUUCUCAAUAAUGAGUUCGGGCAUUCCACCCUGGCGUGUGUCUGCGUCAGCCACCGCAACCGCUCAAACAUAUCCCACACAUGCGACCCCUGCGUACAUCCCAGUUCAAGCACGCCGUAGCCUUGCCCAUACAACCGUGGCGAGUCCCAUCCCAGCCCCAGCGUCGCAGCCGUCGGAUGCCGAAGCCGCUCGCAAACGAGUAGAAUGGCCAGCCCCAGUUCGCUUGUAUGUACAACGAAGUUUUGCUCCGGAACAUCAGAUGUCCUCCGUUAGCAGAGAGGAAAUGGAGUCGAAGUUAAAGGCCGUCAUUACUGAGGCUGCAGAGAAUAACAAGUUGGAUAAGAUUGACUGGACGAGCCUGCCAUUACCCCAGGUCAUGGUCCAGAACGAGCGCAACCGGAUCCUGGCCAGCCCAAACGUGCCGGCUUGGAGCGCCGUUCCUACCCAGAAGUAUGAGAGCUCCUCCGACGCCUCGUCAAAGAAACGGAAGUCGGUUGAGUACAACGGGGGCGCAAACAGCUGUCCCCCGUGGAGACAAACUAACAAUCACAAUGCAUUUGAAGACCGAAUCACUUAUUCCCCCACAGACAAACGCCAACGGAUAGAUCAUAAGAACACAAGUAAGUCCAAAGCUAAUCUGGAACUGCGGAGAAAACGGUUCGAGGACCCACGGGCUCGAACUGGUUCCUCGCCAUCGUCGCGCGAUGAUUCCCCUUCUCCCAGUGCCAACCAGGGCCCUGUCGUCGGACGGUGCCAGGAUCUGGAGAAAAACUAUUUCCGUCUGACAUCAGCGCCGAACCCGGAUACCGUCCGCCCUCUGCCGGUUCUGGUCAAGACACUGGAUCUGCUGAAGAAGAAGUGGAAGAGAGACAACAACUAUAACUAUAUCUGCGAUCAGUUCAAGUCGCUGCGGCAAGAUUUGACUGUGCAGCACAUUAGGAAUGAGUUUACUGUCAGUGUCUACGAAAUUCACGCGCGCAUUGCUCUGGAGAAAGGAGAUCUUGGUGAGUAUAAUCAGUGUCAGACUCAGCUGCGCGCGCUGUAUGCCCAGCAACUUGGGGGCCACCCUACGGAGUUCAAGGCGUAUCGUAUUCUGUAUUUCAUCCAUACCCGCAAUUGGACGGCCAUGAACGAUGCCCUGGCCGAUCUAACAGCAGCAGACAAGCGAGAUCCUGCUGUCAAACAUGCCUUAGACGUUCGCUCGGCUCUUGCGCUUGGAAACUACCACCGUUUCUUUCAACUGUACCUGGACACCCCGAACAUGGGAGCCUACCUGAUGGACAUGUUCGUGGAUCGAGAACGACUGUCCGCACUGACCGCCAUCUGUAAAGCUUACAAGCCCGAUGUAAACAUUCGUUUCAUUACUGAAGAACUUGGUUUCGAGUCUGACGAGCAGAGCGCACACUUCAUCCUGGAUCAUACCUCGGAGGACUUGCUCCAGGAAAAAGAUGGAGCCGUGAGGCUGCUUACCGGAGCAAAAGCCGCACAGCUUUUCGAGGCUGCCAAGGCUGAUGCUCAUCGGAUUGUCGACAUCAAGGGUCAGAUAUGAAAUCCUUGAAUAGCCCAUAGGACACACAAGGGGAGACGGCCUGUCAAUCACCCCAUAUCCACUUCUUUCCAUACCUGCAAUCGGUGGUUCUCAUUUUUCUUCUUUUCACCUGUUCUGGGUUUCUUCCCCCCUUUCCUUUCUUUCUAUCUAUCAUUGUUCGGC